AAUGGCGAGAACAAGAUUUAUUUGGCAGGGAAACCACCCAAAAAUUAUCUCUGAGACCCACGGUUGUUUAUCAAAAUGAGUUGAUAAGUGAAACAAUUGACAUCUACAUGUAGUGUAAGACAUCUGAGGGGCCGAAGGGUGUAUCCUCCACCAUGGGCUGUACAAUAUCCACGGGGGAGAACGACUCCAACCCAAGGUUAUUCAACGUGUACAAUGUCGAUGAUCAGGGCCAAGAGUUGACACCGGGAAAAAUAGAAGUUGGAAACACAGAACUGAUUCUUUACCAAAAAAAUAAGGAGCCUAUUCGAUGGCCCUUGCGUUGUGUUCGGCGGUAUGGCUUUGAUGCCGAACUGUUUUCUUUUGAAAGUGGGCGAAGGUGUCCCACAGGACCUGGAAUAUAUGCUUUCAAAUGUAAAAAGGCUGAAGCUUUGUUUAAUUUACUGCAGGAAUGUAUACGGCUGGCUGGGCAAGAAGAACAGGAGCGCUACAACGCUUCUAGCUCUUUACCCAUGAAUGCCAUGAGUGUAUCUCGAAAUGAUUCCCUAGAAACUGCUCAGACAACUAAUGCUGGUAAUUUAUUGAACAGUAAUAUGUUUCCAUCUCAAGGAGAGGAGCCCGCAUCACCUGGUCACCAUUAUGUGAAUGGAGAUAUUGCUUCUAAACUUCCUCCAGGACCCAGUGACAGUCGGGUCGCCUCAGAUGAGGAAGGGGACCAUGAGUACAUGAACGCUAGGUUACCUCGGCCUCCAAGUGAAGAAGCUGAGCUGAUCCCUCUGGCUGAUUUGAAUGGGGUUCGUGUGGAAGUGGAGGGGGUUGCUGAACCUGAGGAUAUUGAGGAUCCUGCUUCAUGUGUAAAUUACGCUGUAUUAGAUUUACCGCAAAGUAUGGAAAGUCUGAGCCAUGACACAAAUGUUGCCAAUGAACGUGAUCGUAAGGCAAGUGCCUAUAGUACGGACUCUGAUACACCACAGACAGUUGCUAAUUAUAUGAACCUAGACUAUGUUCCCGAUGAGGCUGGCACUGCAGCUUCUGCACAACAGGACUCAACAUACGUGAAUGUUAAUUCUGAGGGUGUAAAUCAAAAUGGUACACGAGCUGGGCGAAGGGGCAGUAGCACCAGUAACAAUCUUUUGAAGCGGACUUUACAAAAGCAAGCUUCGCUCGAACAGCAUAAUUAUGCUAAUCUUGACCUCAUGCCAAAUGGCAAUGGCACAGCACCGCCGGCUGCACCGAGACCUCCGAUAGCUACGGUGACAGUUCCACCGUCUGCUGCAGCCGCCGCAGCUGCGGCCCGAAGCAACGCUACAAGGAAUGUCAACUAUAUCCAGCUCGACUUGGAUCAUAACAGUGAUGUCUCAAGUGUAACCAGUACAUCGCCAGCAUCACCUAGAAGCAUCGGAUCAAAUGGCCCGGAGUCGCCUGUUAGACGACCAAUGGAAUCGUAUGCCACCAUAGAUUUUGACAAAACUGCUGCUUUAUCCAAUUCUGCUAAAGCAUCCAAUGAUGAAGGGUCGCGGAGAACGCGGCAUAGUAGCACCGUCAGUGACCCUUCUUACUAAAAACACGAGCUGUUGGGCUGAUAGCCAAGAUAUAACUUGUAUGUAAAUGUAAAUGUAGUAGUAGAAUUUACAAGGAUGGAUAAGGACAUGACAAUUUUUUUCAAAACGAGUCCAGAUAUGUUUUCUUAAAAUAUAUAAUAAGACUUUUUGCUGAGUGCUGGUCAUUUUUCACUUUUCAGCAAACUUCGACCUUUUUGAACGAAUUGUGCUAGUCAUGUUUUUAAAUUGUAAAUUUGUGUGUACAUUAGCUAAUUUUUUCCUGGUUUGCGUGGAAUUUUCGAAUCCCUUUGGCAGCUGGGACUCACUGAUUGGUAAAUUCUCAGUUGUUCCCUCAGUCAUAGUCUAUCCCUAAGGUGUUUGUGAGUGAAAAUUUUAUUUACGUGACCCUGAAUUAAAAAUACACUGCCUGAAAAGAAAAAUUGAAUAGGUUGCUUGGGGUGGAGAUGUAUUUCCAAGCAACUUGUCCUCACUUAUUCAGUUUGUUCUUGGUUGUACUUAAUGAGACCAUUUUGUGCAUUGCCUUCAGUGUCCAUUUUUCGUUUAAAUGGGGGUGGGGGGCAUUAUGGUGUUAUGCUUAGCAACAUUGUAUACAUGCACACAAAAAUUGCCAUAACUCUUGACUUUUGACCUGCAUUUAGAAAUAAUCUUUAAAUACCAAAUCGGUCAGUUCAAAUCAGGGCAGUGACAUGCUUUGAUAAUACACAGUGUUGUUCCAAUUUGUAAGUAGCAUAAUGAGGGUUAGAAUUACUGUGGCAUGUCCUGUUUAAAUUUGCGAUGAGUCAGCAGAGUUCUGGUGGGUAAAUAAAUUGGCUAAAUGACAUACUUACACAUGAUUCUGGCAAAUUCUGGUUGGAAAGCAAUUGUUGUCUAACAUCUUUGCUUCUUUAGAUAAAUUUCAAUAAUUGGUGCUAAGAAGGAGCAAAAGGGGUAUGGAACUAGACAUUACAUGACACCAGUGCUGGUUGACAGUUUUCAAUUCUUGUCUGUCAAUGUCGCUGUAGUGGGUAUAUAGACGAUAGUUAACACAUCAGUGGAAUAGGUCAGUCAUCAAUCGGCCCUGCAGAAACUGGCACAGAUCCAGGGGUUUCCCUUGUUCAUGGUGACCUAUGAUUUUGGGUCAUUGAGUGUCACCAGGAUUGCCCUGAAAAUUACAUCUCGAAGCAUCUAGAUUUCAAAACUGUCCUGCUGACUUUACCUUUAAGAGCGCCAAACAGUUUUCAGAAAGUAUAACGUGGUGCAAUUUUACAGGCAGAAAUGUUUAAUGUUGCAUUUAAUAUUAUGAGAGAUUUUGGCUGAUAUAAUACUGAUAAUCACUAUAGUACUGAGAGUAUAAAAAGAGGUAUGAAAAUACGGUGUGUACUGAUUUUAUUCAAUGAGCUCUACAUCAAUAUAAUUAUGGUCUUUAUUAAUGGCGUACUUGCACAGUACAUGUAGUGGUUUGUAGUACAGUGGAACCUCUCUUAGCGGACACCUCUCUAUUAAGGACAACCUCUCUAUUAAGGACACUAGUUUCAGUCCCAAAUAGGUUGCUUCCAUUCAACUUGACAUCUCUAAUCAGGACACCUCUCUUUUCAGGACAGCAUGUGUCAGUCCCGAGGGUGUCCUUAACAGAGAGGUUCUACUGUAUAUUGUGUUAUACAUACAAAAACUUCCAGCUGAGAAAUUUGUCUUGCUGUUGGGGGGUUUCUGCUUUCAUUCAUCACAUCAUCAUCUGGAUGGUACUUCCCACAUCGUAGACACGCGUGAUUUUACCACCAUGAGCGGACCGUGAUAAUUUUUUUACAGGUUUAGAGGUUAAUGUAUUGUACCCAGUUGUCUGUACAAGGGUUUCAUUCUGUACAUUUUUAUGUAAUAAGCAGUGUUUUGGAUCUACUGUGAUUUGAGG